UGGUAUAAUUGAACACAUUCUGACACCAGUCAAUAGAAAAGAGAAACUAAACGUGAAGGACAAGCAGUGAGGUAGAAUGAAGAAUGUCAUGAAACAAACAAUGAAGCUAGAGCAUCUACUGAAUUGAACCCCCGACACUCUCGGUUUGUGUUUGUGUGUUGACGUACAAACAAGUGAAUGGUUUUGCUUGCUUGCCACCUACAACACUGCAAUGCAUUCUCAUUCUCCCACUCAAAUUAAUCCAAAUUAAAGCACCUGAACUCAUCAUAGCUCAUGUUCUCAUACACUAAUAUAACAACACCACAUGUGAGUUGGCCUUGAAGGGAUGAAUGCAAAUAACAGCGUUGAGUUGUUGUUGGCAUCAUGAACAGCAGGAAUGUGAAUGUGAAUCAGCAUCAUCACCGCAGAGGUCACAGCUUCAAUGGCUUUGCCAACAUCAAUCCCAUCUCCCACACAAUUAAUUCUUCCCAUGGGAAACUCUCGUUUGAAUCAGCAAAACUGGCCACAAGUGGGAUUGAUGAUCUAUUGUCAUCCACGGAAGGAGGAAAGCAUGACUAUGAUUGGCUCCUUACUCCUCCGGGGACCCCUCAUUUGCCAUCAUCUGAAGGUGAAUCCCAACCAACUUUGGUGCCUCCAAGAAGCAAUCUGGGUAGAUUAAUGUCAAACACUAAUGUCUCAAGGCUUUCAGUCUCACAAUCCGAGAACAACAAUCACUCUAGACCAUCAAGAAGUGGUUCAGUGACUCGCAGUCCAAACAGAUCCUCCUCCAUCCUUAACACAAGGCCAUCCUCCCCCAUAACUCGCUCUCCGUCUGCAGCAAGGCCUUCCACUCCAACCUCUCGCACGACAUCAACAUCAACACCAACACCCCCCAGAGUACUACUACCACGCUCAAUUCCAAGUCCAACCAACUCAUCAUCAAUUGACAUCAACAAAACUAGAACAUCACAAGGCUCAAGGCCAUCCCAGUCUGCCACUUCACCUUCGCGACCCUCUACCCCCACUCGUCGCCAUUCGCUGUGUCCCCUGCCAGUUGUCCCUCCUGAUUUCCCCCUUGAAACACCAUCAAACCUCAGAACAACAUUGCCUUCUGAUAGACCUGUCUCUGCAGGCAGGUCUCGUCCGCGCGCUGUUGUUACUCUUCCUUCGAAGCCAAACUCAGAAAUGCAAGCCCCAGUUAGCAUGUCAAGGAGACAGCCAUCUCCUAUUGCCAAUAGGGGGAGACUGUCAGAGUACACAGGAAAAGGCCGCGGCCAUACCAAUGCUGCUGAUGCCUCUGAGGUAGUUGCUAGGAGAUCUGUUAAGUGUUCAACUACUGCCUCAGAAAACAGUGGACUGGGAAGGACCAUCUCAAAGAAAUCAUUGGAUAUGGCUAUUAGACACAUGGAUGUGAGGAACAGCUCAGGAACUCUUCGUUCAGUUCCAAACGCCAAACUCUAUCCUCAGAGCAUUCGAACUUCAACUCCCAAGACACACCACAGUCGAGGUUUGAGUGUUCCAGUGUCAAUGAACAAUAUUAGCGGAAGCCUCCAAAGAAGAAAUAAUAAUAAUAAUAAUAUGAAAAAUGGAAGAGAGAUAGAUGAAAGGCAAAAGCAAUACUUGGGAAAAUUGAGUGAAGUAUUGGAUGUGUACGAGAGUUAUCGUUAUGAUUCACUGUUGCUUAAAGAAGACUUAAACAACACAAACUGGCUGCGUAGUGUUGAUGAUAAAUGUGAUCAAGGACCCAUCUUUGACAAUGGAUUUGAGUCCCUGCCUGAACCUUUUGGACUCUUUUAGCAUUCUUAAGCUUCUUCUUAAUUGCCACAUUAAUUUGUAAUGUAAUAUUUACAUUUUAAUUAUUGUUUCUCAAAGGUGGGGAAAUGAAGAUGCGUUAUGUAUAAAAUGUAUGGACUUAACUUGGAUCUUACAAGUGAAUAAUACUAUGCAAGAAUUUAAUGACA